AUGGAACAAGCAUCUCAAACAAUUAGAAUCACUAGCUAUUACGGAUCGGGUACAAAGAGUGACGCACUAUCAAAAGUAUUAGUAUACAAGAAGAAAUUGGGCGAGCCAAAGAGCAGAUAUAAAAAAAACAACAUAAAGUUAGCAUGA